AUGUCCAAAGUGCUUAAGCAAUUCGAGGAUGCUAUCUUCAAAGGAGGGCUCUAUAAGAAGCUUUUCCAAAAGCAGACACCAGGGAAGCGCAUUGCGCCUGCGCAGGCGAAAGACAACGAUUCGAAACUUCAAAUGCGCCUCGACGCCGGCGAAUCCAAAGAUGGCAUGAAGAACGUCUAUUUGCAGGUCAACUCCCAAGCGAAGAACGACUCUCUGGUUGUUUUAGCGCUAAGUCUCUAG